UUUAUGAAUAAAUAAUUAAUUGAGUUUCGGAUUUUCUUUAAUGAAAUUGAUGUCACUUUAACAAUUGUGUGAAGUUUGAUGUUGAUCACUUAUCAGUGAUUUCAAGAUUAGCUGUCAUAGACAAUAUUGCUGUAAUGUCAGACUGUGUAUGUUUAGCUAUUAUUGGUCUGUUCUCCGUCAACAGUUGCCGAGCUCAGCUAUUCACUGACCGAGAAAAUGAAUACUCCUCAUCUUGGUCUGGUGACUCUGCCAGGUGUUCACGUCUGUAUGAGAGGGUUAUAUCCAGAUUGAGGGACAAGAGAUUGAAAAAUACCAUGGUUCUGCUUAAAAAACAUCAAAGUGUAAAAAAUGUAAACACAAGGAAAUGUCAGAACUUCAAGCUUUUUAAAAACAGAUUUACAAGACUCUCUUUGACGAAUGCCAGAAACAAUUUGCAUUGCCCUCUUCUGCAAGACAAAGAUACAAUGCGUAUUGCAUCUCUCGGAACCCCAGAUGGUUACUGCAUAAGAAAGGAAAGGAAAAAUAAGUGCAUAAUAUGUUGUAAGUAGAACAUCAGUGUUUACAAAAUGAGAAAGCCUACGCAGUACAAAUAUUCCAGAACUUAUCCUCUGCGCCACGUCGCUUAUAUGACAGGAAAAACUUAAAUUUCUGUCAAUAGAUAAGCCCAAAAACUUAACGCUUUGUUCAGAAAAGACUUCUACAUCAUCAACCCAAACACUAAGGUCAUCAUUAUGAUUUCUUGUGAUAGCAAAUUCAAGUAAUGUGGUUUUAUUAGUGUUGAUAACUAAUCCAUUUUCUUGGAACCAUUGGACUAUCCGGUUAGAUUCUACAAAGGUUUUGACCUCCAUGAUUUCAUGACAUUGGCUCUCUAUCACAACUGAUGUGUCGUCCGCAAACAAGCACAAGUGGGCAUCUGAGAUACAUCUUCUAAGAUCAUUAAUAUAUAAAAUAAACAAAAGAGGACCCAGAAUGGAACCCUGGGGUACAACCGCCUUAACAGUUUGCACAUCAGAAUGCCAAUGCUUUAAAGUGUUUCCAUCCACAAAAGGCAAUUCUACAACUUGUCGACGUUCUUUCAAGUAAGAAAAAAACCACUGCUUUGUGACACCACGUAUACCAAUGCUCUCAAGCUUCUUUAGUAGAUGCUCAUGAGGAACCAUGUCGAAUGCCUUUCGCAAAUCGAAAAAUACACCAGAAGCAAACUUGCCUCUAUCCAGAGCCUUGAUGACUUUAUCAAUGAAAGUAAACAUAGCAUUGACAGUUGACCCCCCUUUGACAAAUCCAAACUGGUUGCUGAACAAAAUGUUAUUUUGAAUCAGAAAAGACCAUAAUCUACUUAAAGCUGCCUUUUCAAAAACCUUAGAGAAUGUUGAAACAAUGGAGAUCGGUCUAAAGUUAUCGAGAUCAUCAACUUUUCCCCUUUUGUGCAAUGGCUUUACGCUAGCUAGUUUUAACACAUCUGGAAAGAUUCCACUUUCAAAAGAACAGUUAACGAGAUGCACAAGUGGUUCAGCAAGGGAUUCCCAACAUGACUUAAGCAGUUUAGAUGACAUGUUGUCAUAGCCUGAGGAUGGGUUAGCUUUUAAAGAUUUUAUAAUGUCUGACAUUUCCUUCCUACAAACAGGAGUAAAAAAUAAAGAAUAGGUGUUAUAGCAGGGAAGAUAAUCUGAAAAAAACUCCCCCAGUAGAAGUGAAACCAUUAUGGAAAACAUUUAUAAAGAAAUUAUUAAUAAUAUUUGAGACCAGCUUUGGAUCACUCACAUCAACGCCUUCAUCCUUAAUGGUUUGAGGAACGAAGCAUUGGUGCUUUUUCUUUCCCCUAUUUUCGUUCACUAUAUCCCAUACAGUUUUUGCUUUAUUUGAAGAGUUCUGGAUCUCCUCCAGCACUUUGGCUGAUUUUGCAAUUCUAAUUUUAGACUUGUAUUGCCGUUUUAAUGAUAAAUAAUGCUGUCUUCUCACAUCAGAAGAAUCCAAAUCUUUAGUCAAGUGAUACCACUGGAUGACCUCAUCACGAAGUUUCAGUUGAUCAACACUUAGAGACACUUUACCUUUAGAGACAUUCUUACGAAUUCUAAUUUUCUUCUCAGGAAAUACUUGAUCAAAAUAAUAUGAUAUGGAUGAUCCAAAAAUACGCAUUUUAUCGUCCAUUUUAUCUGCCUCAUAGACCAUGGACCAAGUUUCUCUCAUGAGUAAAUACCUGAAAAUACAGAUGUUAUCCUCUGAAAAUGAUCGCCUAAGUAAAAACCUGGGGUGGUUAGCGUUCCUAGGAAGUGAUAACUUAAGGGGAUCCGCCUCCUU